AAAAUAUUAACUCUAUACAUAGAUUGUCUUAUUGCCAUGUCAUAAGUGAUGAGAACAAUCUAGAGUGACUCCCACCAACAGAGUGCUGGGGAGUGGCAGCAGCCACCACAGCAGUAGAAGCAGCAGUUUAUCUGUGUGCAGACCCAAUAUUGGAGGAAGAUGCUAAUUAAAGUGAAGACGCUGAGCAGAAAGGAGAUUGACAUUGACAUUGAAUCCACAGAUAAGGCAGAACGAAUCAAAGAACAUGUGGAAGAGAAAGAGGGAACCCCCCCACCCCCACAGCAGCAGUGGCUCAUCUGCAGUGGUAAACAGAUGGAUGAUGAGAAGACUCCCUCAGCUGAUUAUAAAGUCCUAGGUGGUUCAGUCUUCAACCUGGUGUUGGCUCUAAGAGGAGGAGGUGGUUUUAGGCAGUGAUAGACCCUCUCUCCAUUUUACCUGCUUACCCUGUCUCGUAAUGAGGCAUCAUAUGUCCUGUCACUCUCUGGGACACCAGAGUCACUGCCCCCUCUCCUGGAUGCCCAGUCUUGUGUGUCUACGGGUAGGAGACUGUGAGGACCCCAGGAUGCAGUGUUCCUGUCCCAAAUGGCCCCUAUUGGCUAUUGGGUUUUAGUUUGCAGUCCUAUGUACUUCCCUCUCUUAUGGCUGUGUCCCUGGUUAUCAAUAAAAUAUUACCUGGAAAAAAAAAAGAACAGUCUAACAAGC